ACUUGCCAUGUAUCGUGGCUUGGGGCUUGCCUAUUAUUUGGUACAUUGAUGCUGCCUCAGGGCUCUACUGCUUGGGCAUAGACUCCACCCCACAGAGUCAACACCUCAGAAAGCAUCAGGCUCAUCAGAAACGUGACAGAAGACCUAAAGAGCAGACACCUGCGUUCAAGGACAAUCAUAUCAGCCAAACUGAUAAACUCCAGGAGGUCCGUUGUGGACAUAAUCUUUUGACGAUACUUCCAACAUCACGUGGAAUCUGAUAACAGAUAGUUGGAUUGGAACAACAGCACAAGUAUGGACAUUCUCCAGGGGAGAAAACCGAAGAAACCCCAUUACAUUCCACGCCCUCCUGGCAAACCGUUCAAAUAUCAGUGCUUCCAAUGUCCCUUCACCUGCAACAUCAAGUCUCAUCUCUUCAACCACAUGAAGUACAACCUUUGCAAGAACUCCAUCUCUCUGGUAUCUCAGCGCAUGGAACAGACAGGAAAAACAACCAGAGCUUCCCAGAAUAAUCUUCCUUUCAACCACAACAGCAAAGAGCCAACCCUGGAAGCUGAAGCCAGCAAACCAAUAGAAAGGGUCAGUGACAAGGUUGAACAAGAGGAGAUGGUUGAAGAAACAAGACAAAAGCCUGAAUGUCCCAUCAAGGAGGUCACCAAGCAAGUGCCAGAGGCAGUUUGUGAGAUUAGGGACAAAAGUGCAGACACAGACAUUACACAGAACAAAUUAUCGUCGGCUUUCUCACCAGUUGCAAGAACAGGUGAAAGUGAAACUCUGUCUCCUCGCAGAGACGAUCAAACAUCUUCAUCCAUUCCUCAGUUCUACAAUCAAAUGGCACCUUGGGUCCCACCUGCCUCCACAGCACCUCUUCUUCCUCUAAUACAAGACUAUUCUUCAUACAUGGUACCUGAGAGGCCCUUGCACUCCCUCUACACGCCUUACCCACACAACCAAGCAAACACCUCUGCCUACCAACUCACACCGCGGGAGACCCAGAGACCUCUGAUGCCAUCACCUUUGGUCCCGCCUAGUCCUUCUCUUCUCCACCCUUAUCACUAUAGAUAUGCUCAUUCGAUUAUACCCAGUCCACCUCUACCCUACAGCGUCUACCAACACCCUGAACUAACCAUGUCCUUACAGAGAACUAGGUAUCUUCCUCUGGAUUUAUACAGCAACAGAUUUUAUCCUCGAGAGUACGGAGGACACCUGAUUCCCAUAUCUCAUCAGGAUUCUUACAGCAGACUUCCUGAGGACAGGGCUGUCCAAGAGCACAGUCCAGGAGACAAAGGUACUCGCCAGAGUCCUUUAGCAGGAUGUGCCGCCUCUGGGUCGCCAGACAGACCCAGUACCGCAGAUGUCAUCCAACGUAUCCCUGUUACAAUUAGGCUGGCUUCCCAUGGGGAGUCACUCCCUGUCAGUCAAUCGCAGUAUGUCUUACAAGGGGCAACCGACAACUUAACCAAGAAAUCAUAUGGACAACCCCAAGAGAUGGUGUUACAAAAGAGAGAGAGCAAUGACCCACAAACCACAGAUUCUGCAAGAGUCAGUGAGAUUUCAUCAGAAAAGGAAGAGGACGAAGAAAAUGAGGAGGAGCCAGGUCCUCUAAACCUUUCAAAGAGGGACCAGGCCGUAUCCAGUGACAUGACACACCACUACUCUGACCAAGAGCUCCAUUAUGAUUCAGAAAGUAGUCAAGAGGCACCGCUCAACCUUUGCCUCAGGGGACAGUCCAACAACCAAGCCUUGCCCAACACCACAGGCUCUGAAACUCCAGAAAGACAAACCAUCAAAAACAUUGAGGAAUCGACAAUUGCUUCACCCAGAAAACAAGACCUAGACCCAUGUGACCAGAGGCACUCAGCGGCCUUUGCUCUGUGUCAACUAGCUAGCUCAAGGGACACUCUCAAGGACUCCUCUAUUGAUCAACAAGAAAUGGCCGAGGGCCAGAACAGCAAUCACCUUCCUCCCCCGGACAACUGCCCAGUAAAAGACACUCCAGACAUACCGAAACAGAACACACGGGUGCUGGGACAAAAACGGGCAAACAACAGACCUCUGAGGCACAAUACCAAAAGAGCAAGAGUAAAAGAACCGUCCCGAACUCAAAGAAAGAGGUCGCAAAACUGUUGAUGCAGAGAUUUCAAAGAAUGGACUGCUGCAAUUCAAAUAUUUUAUAGAAAGGAGUUCCAGUGAAAAGAUCAAUACUCAAGAGACAUUACAGGAAGAGAUGGUCAACAUCUUUCAGCCAUAAUGGGCUCAAUUAAAAGACUAUGCAUAAUUGGUAACAUGUAUGAACUGAAUCCAAAAUAAGUUGCUUUGGAUAAUGCAUGCAAAUGUAGAUACUUCUAAAACACAACAUUAUGCACUAAUUUGGAGAAAGAAGGUAUCCCAGAUUGUAUACUGAAAAUCUUACGCUCUUUGACAGAUUUACAAAAGUAUGUAUCAAUUCAUUAAAUGGAGCUGGGUGGUGGCAUUUCUUUCUUUUUUUAAUAAAGAAGCUUGUCAGACUUGCAGUAUUUGAA